AUGGCGUUACCGCAAUCGGCAUAUAAGGAUCGGGAGUUCUUGGCUGUUAUUGGGGAUGAGGACUCAGUGACAGGAAUCCUCCUAGCAGGUGUUGGCGUAAGUCAAAUCCCUCAGCCCCCCUCCUCUCUAUCCCUACGAGCUACCCACAUCAUCGUCUUCCUCGGCAUCAACAUCACCCUUGUUCCACCCGACAAAUCACUCCACGCACACUCCUCUGAGGAGACACAUCACAUGAUACGCAAAACCGCAUCCCCCCCAGGCCACAGACUGACAUAUACAUGUGAUACAAAGCACGUCACCGAACCCCCGGACUCCCAAAAGAACUUCCUCGUCGUCGACCAGAAAACCGAGACCUCCACCAUCGAAGGCGCCUUUGAUGCCUUCACGAAGAAGAGGAAGGAUAUCGCCAUCGUGCUGAUAAACCAACAUGUCGCAGAUAAGAUCCGAGGCCAAGUCGACGCUUAUACCGAGGCCUUUCCCAGCGUGUUGGAGAUCCCGAGUAAAGACCAUCCGUAUGAUCCCGAGAAGGACUCGGUUAUGAAGAGGGUGCGGAAGUUGUUUGGGGAGUAUUGA